UCUGUUUCAUACUGCAUAUCACGCCAUUGGUGGCCUCUACUUACAAAUCAGUAAUAUGAAACAAACGCUUCGUCAAAAGCUUAAAAAUCACUUUCUUCUUGGUUUUAUUCCAUUCGCAGCAACGAGUGAUGAAGUUAUUGGUGGAUUAGGUAUCAUUACUAGUGACUUACCAGAAGGUAAUGAACAGGCGGGAGUAAAGAAUUACAAUGCACAUCAUGGAUGCCGUAACUGUAUGAUUCAUCAUAGUGAAUUGGAUAAUAUUAGUUUUGACACUGUGAGACAUAGUCGUUACCAUCACAAAACCACAUUGCAAUUUUCUACCAUAAGGAGAGUUCAGACUCAAGCAAAACGUGAUGCACUUGCUAUGCAAUACGAUAUAUGA